AUGGCACUGCUUCCUUAUCUGCUGCUAUCGGAAUCGAACUCUUACAAUGAUGAUACAACGCUCUAUAAAACCACAGUUGAUUGGACGGCAUCGAGAGUCAGUGUCCAAUCAAAUUACGAGGCCGUUUUUGUCCAAAUAAAAGAGGCGACGAAAGAAGCCGAGAGUUCGUGGGAUUUCUUGUGCCGCUCCCUUCACAUAUUGACCAGCACACGUGAGUCUAAUCACAGACAAUUUUCACACACUCUCUCUCUCUCACUCUCUCUCUCUCUCUCUCUCUCUCUCUCUCUCUUCCAUCAUCUCUCUCUUUCUUCCACCUUCUCUCUCUUUAUCUCUUUUUCUCUUCCUCUGACUUUCUUUUUUUCCUCCUGCCACAAUUUAUUUUGCGUUUUCUUUCUUCCACCGUGUUUCUCUCGUUUACUCUUUCCCUCUCUUUCUCUUUCUUUUUCUUUCCGUCACAAUUUAUCUUGCGUUGUCACUCUUCCUCCAUGGUUCUACACGCUGUUGCUAGCUGUCAGCACCGCACUGCCAAUGGCCAUGAUGACAGCAGGUGUCAAAUAUCUUCAUGAUUGUCCGAAACAACCCAAAAUACCUGUUUACCUUCUGGUUGGUGGAUGCUUUGGUAUGCUGAAGCUUAUCUACACAGUGUGGUAUCAGAUUCAACAGCGGCGUUAUGAUAGUCUACCGGACCUGGUCGGCCUGGACCCGGCUGAUCGACUCGCCUUCACCUCCCGUUCCUACCGUCUAAUGGACAGCCUCCUCAUUAUUUUUCUCGUCUCCUGGCUCUGUACCGGCACCUACUGGGUGUUCGACAUCUGGAAGCCCAAUUUUGAACAACAGCUUCACGAUCCAAAUAACUGGUGUUCUAAAACCGUCUACUGCCUAGCCGCUUUCCAGAUCCUCGGUUGCUUUUGCUGGGCAGGAAUUACAGUCAUCGUUUUGAUUGGACUGCUUAUUGCUUAUAAGUGCCGACAGAGCAGAGCAACAAAACAGACGCCGACGACCAAUAAUAAAUGA